GUCAAAUCAUACAACAAAUGUCUGUCCAUUCAUUGUUAAUAUUUUUUAAUAAACCUUUUAUUUGAAAUACAAUUGUGAUUUUCCACAAGUUUUAUUUGUAAACAAAUAUUUCAACUUGUAUUUUAAUGUUUGUUCAAGUGUGAAUCAAUAACGAUAUUUCACAUAUGUGAUUUAUCUAGCACUUUUAACUGCGAAACAUUGUUAUUUUACAAACGAAAAAAUUUAGUUUUAUGAGAAUGGACAGGGACCAGGCGGCGAAUCCUGGUUCGGGGGAUGCUGCAGUUGACAGGGGAAGCUGCUUGAUGCUACGCUAUGCAAGUCAAAAUUCUUUGGAUGAAAGCUCGCAGAAGCAAAUUUCAAGGCCUAGUGACAAGGAAAAAGUUGCUGGCUCAUAUAGAAAAAAAUACUCUCAUACAAACAGGGCAUUUGAUUGCAUGAAUAGCAUGAGGAGACAAAAUUUGCUUUGCGAUGUUGUAUUGGUUGCUGACGGUGUGGAAAUACCCGCACAUAAAAUUGUAUUGGCAUCUUGCAGUCCUUACUUUUAUGCCAUGUUCAGUGGCUUUGAGGAAAGUCAUCAAGGACGAGUCACACUUCAAGGCGUGGAUCAUGUAGCAUUAGAAUUAUUAAUCGAGUAUGUUUAUACCACAGUGGUUGACGUGACUGAAGAUAAUGUACAGGUUUUGCUAACAGCGGCAAAUUUGCUUCAACUAACUGAUGUACGUGAUGCAUGUUGUGACUAUUUGCAAACUCAACUGGAUCCAAGCAAUUGUCUUGGAAUCCGGGAUUUUGCUGAUAUGCAUGGAUGUAUUGAACUCGUGACAUAUGCUAACUCUUAUAUUGAACAACAUUUUGUUGAAAUUGUGAAAUGUGAUGAAUUUUACAAUCUACAACAUGAUCAACUGGCUAAGUUAAUAAGGAGUGAUAGAUUACAAGUUCAAUCAGAAGAAACAGUUUUUGAAUCAGUUGUAGCCUGGAUACAAUACAAUCCUGAUCAAAGAACAGACUGGCUGGCAGAACUAAUGGAAUGUGUACGCUUACCAUUAUUAUCACAAGACUAUUUAGUACAACAUGUUGAAAAUGAACCACUUCUAAAAGGAGAUUUGCGAUGCAAAGAUUUGCUAAUUGAAGCCUUAAAAUAUCAUUUGUUAAAAGGUGAACAGAGAACUUCCACAUUUAACACCCCUAGAACUAUUCCUAGACAGCCACUUCGUUUACCAAAGGUUUUACUGGUUGUAGGAGGGCAGGCACCAAAAGCAAUUCGAAAUGUGGAAUGUUAUGAUUUACGAGAAGAGUGCUGGUAUCAAGUUGCUGAGAUGCCCACUAGGAGGUGCAGAGCUGGCUUAGCAGUGCUUGAUGAUCGAGUUUAUGCUGUGGGUGGGUUCAAUGGAUCUCUUAGGGUAAGAACAGUUGAUGUUUAUGAUGCUGCAACAGAUCAAUGGGCAACUUGUCCUAGUAUGGAAGCUAGGAGAUCUACUUUAGGAGUUGCUGUUCUGAAUAACUGCAUUUAUGCGGUUGGUGGUUUUGAUGGCUCUACUGGCUUGAGCUCUGCCGAAAUGUUUGACCCAACAUUGAAUAAAUGGAAAUUUAUUGCCCCGAUGUCCUCAAGAAGAAGUUCUGUUGGAGUUGGUGUUGUCAAUGGCUUAUUAUAUGCUGUGGGUGGAUAUGAUGGGGCUUCUCGACAAUGCUUGAGCUCUGUUGAGUGCUAUAACCCUCAAACAAAUUCAUGGUCACAAGUUCUUGAAAUGUCUGCUAGAAGAAGUGGUGCAGGUGUAGGCAUAUUGAACAAUAUUCUGUAUGCCGUGGGGGGACAUGAUGGACCUUGUGUGAGAAAAAGUGUAGAAGCAUAUGAUUAUUUAUCAGAUACAUGGAGACCAGUCGCUGAUAUGGCGUUAUGCCGCAGGAAUGCUGGAGUUGUUGCUUUAGGUGGCUUGUUGUAUGUUGUUGGGGGUGAUGAUGGAACAUCUAAUCUGUCGUCUGUUGAGGUUUAUAAUCCAAAGAAUGAUUCAUGGACAAUGCUCUCAUCAUCCAUGGGUAUUGGACGCAGUUACGCUGGCGUUGCAAUAAUAGAUAAGCCCAUGUGAGAUAUAGCCAGUGUUGCUGGACUGCAGGUUGCUAAGUAUGCCAAUAUGGGAGAAAGUAGUCAUCCGGAAGGUGCAACUGGAUACACUACAUGUAUGGAGAAAUCAAGUGGCGUGCAUUAUGAAAAUAUUUAUGAGAGCAUUGAUGUCAACCUGCAAAAUAGCAACACGACCGCUGAA